AUGGAUUACUCCGUCUCGCAUUUCAUUCCCUCUCAAUCUACAGCCCACAAUAAGAGGGAAAGAACCUCGUCUCUUUCAUCAGUCCAGAGAGAGUGGCAGGAGGGGAGAUUACAGCUGGGGAAGAUGCCUCUGGUGAAACAAGAGGGGAGAGAUGAACUCCAAGCGCUAGGCCCUAUAUGCUCCGAAUGGACGAGCGAUCUGAUGAAAAUGAGGAGUGCGGUGUUUCUUUGGACCGCGAUGACUACGGCAAUGAAGACUGACCUCCACCUGACCUUGACGAGGCCUGGGAUGAAAAGUGCUCUGCUGUUCACACCACAGGCCUCUUCUGAUCCUUGA